CAAGGGCAACCAACGCGUCAGAUUGCAACACUGCGCUUGCCGACCAGGCGGCGGAUCACGCACCCCACGCAGGUAUUCACAUGGAGGUGGGCGCAGCUGUUUCUGAUGUUCAGGGACCCGCAUCGCACGCCCUGCCGCACUCCGCCAUACCUGCACCCGGCGGCAGCUCCGCACCGUCAAGGCCGCCUCCCAUGCAGUCGCAGGCCGGAGGGCUGCACGUGUGCAGCUUCUUUCGCGGCGGACGUGCCACCCCUGCCGUGCGCAAUGACGCAAGGAGCCUACCCGCUCCGCUACCACCGCAGCAGGCGCCUCCUCCGGCCAAGCAAAUAGUAACACCGGGUCCUGCCGCAGAGACUGCUCCUAUCCCGCAGGCUGUCGGUUCGACCAGCAUGGCAGUCGGACACACGGGAGCUGCCUCCGGCGCGCAGCACGACCCCAUGGUGCAGGAAAGCGCUGCCGCUGGAGGUCAGGUUCCUGGGGAGGAGCUGCCGUCUGGUGGGCAGCGCAACAAAAACACCGGCAGCAGCCGCUCUGGUGCGGGUAGGACCGGUCUCCCUGCUGAUGAUGGCAGUGCAGGGCUCGACAGUGCAUGCAGCGCACGCGCUGCACGCAGCAGCGAGGGCAGACGCCCUGGGACGGCCUCGCUCUCCUCGGCGAGGAAGCAGACAGCCAGCAUUCUGAGGCGGCCGUCUUCCUCCGCAGGCGGCCCCGACUCGCGCACCCCCAAGCGUGUGCGCUUCCAGCUGCCGACCGAGGCAGGGAACCCGAAAGGGGUGCUGGAGAAGCAGGCCGGGCUACAGACGUCGCAGCUCACGCCAUUCCUGGCUGUGCCGCGGCCUCAAGCAAGGGCGCCGGAAGAGGAUCGCAACGUUCUUGUCCUGCAGCAGCAGCAACAGCCGCAGGGGAAGCCGCAGGCGGUGGUAGCCGUCGGCAGCGCGAUAGAAGCGCGGGUAGCUGCACACGGCACGCCAACGCUGCGAGCGCCAACGCAUUCCACGCCAGGUCCAGUCGCCGCUACCGCUACCGCCGCCGCAGCAGCAUCAGCGCGCCCGGACAACACCAUUCACCAUGAGCAAAAGCCGCAGCAGCAAACCAGCUACAACCGCGGCAAACCAACGGAACAAUCUUACAUAUUCCCGCCAUUCCCAGUGGGCUUUGAGGCCUCAGCCAAGGACCCGUUGCACCUGCUGCAGCAGCCGUCCGUGCUGGGACAGCAGCCCUACAACAUGAGGGGUAAUCUUCUGUCCAUAGAGCACGACCUGGCUCGGCUUGCGGCUCCGGGCGAGCGGCUGGUACCCACAGACGUGUCUCGCAGCACGCUGGGCAGCGCUACCACUGUGAUGAACCAGGUAAGGUGGAGCGCAAGUUCAUUCCGGCCAUGGCGGCCGACGGUACCCUGCUCAUCUUGGACCAGCACGCAGCCCACGAGCGGGUGCGGCUAGAGCAACUGACCGCACAACUGCAGGCACGCAUUGCUGCCUCCUCCGUUGGCAACAACAACGACAGCGGCACUGGUGGCCGCGAAAGCAGUGGUGGCGGAGGCGGUGGCAGCAGCAACGGGCCGGCUGCAGAGGUGUUGGGUUGUCAACAGCUGCCCAAGCCGCUGCAGCUGCAGUUGGCAACAAUGGAGGCGGCGACGCUCGUACGGCAUAAAAAGUUAAUUUCUGCAUGGGGAUGGAGGCUACGGCCGGUCGGCGGCGUACGGACGAUUAAGCACAAGGCAGGUGAUGCUGUCGGCGGUGCAGCGGCCUGCGGUGGCGGUGGUGGUAACACAAGCACAUGGCUUGGAGUGCUGGAUGGUGGCGCCGAAGAAGAGGAAGGAGCUGCGCCGCUUGGGCCGCUGCAGCAUGUUGUGUCUGGGGAGGAGGCUACACAGCUGCUGGCCGGCGUGCCGUGUGUGUACGGCACAUUGCUCAGCAACCCUACAGACCUACGGGUCUACCUACACCAGCUUCACGAGACCGGCGGCGCCGCACUGCUGCCGCCUGCCGUGCUGCGCGUGCUGCGCUCCAAGGCCUGUCGCAGCGCCGUCAUGUUUGGCGACCAGCUGGCGCCAGAGGAGUGCGUCUUGCUGCUGGGUCAGCUGCGCCGCACCGCCCUGUGGACCCAGUGCGCGCACGGGCGGCCCACUGUGGCGCCGCUGGUGCAUGUACCCACGUUGCGGG